AUGGCUUCUUCCCUGCGCGCACCCGGCCACGAGCACAUCCCCCGCUACCCCAGCGGCUGGAUCACCAUGCGCAUCCUGCAGCUCGUCGUCGCCGUCGCCACGCUCGGUCUGUGCAGCUACCUAGUCACCACGAGCAUCAUCGGCGCCGGUUUCUACGUGCAAAUCUUUACCGCCGUCUGCACAAUCAUCAUCAGCAGCUGGCUCAUCUCCGCCCACGCCUGCAGCCCCCGCGCCUUCAACUACUGGGCCGUGCUCGUCCUCGACAUUUACCAGUUCCUGCUGUGGCUCGGCGGCUUCGCGGCCUGCGCCAUCCUCGCCGUCGGCCUGUUUGCCGGGCAUAGCCUCGACCGCGGCGGUGGCGGCUACUACGACUUCAACUACCUGCGUCGCCGGUACUGGUACCGCGACAGCUACACCAUGACCGAUGCCGCCAUUGGUGCCGCCGCCGCCGGUCUUGGCGCCGUCGAGUGCCUCUUCUUCUUCAUCUGCCUCGUCGUCGACUCCGUCGUCAUACACAGACAUCGCCGCGAUGGCCUGCAUAGCCGGCCCGUCCGCCACAUCACAGCCAGCGUCGUCAUGAUGCCCCCGCCGCAGCCCGGCACCACGUACCAAGCCGGGCCCCAGAACGGCGUGCAGUUUAGCCAGCAGGAGACGGCCUACAACCCGCAGACCAUGUACGGCGCGCCACAGCAGCAGCAGCAGCAGCAGGGCUUCUAUGGCCAGGGCUACGCGCAGCCGCAGCAGACGGGCUACUACGCCCCGACGCCGGUUGUGCCCCAGCACACGGGUACCUCGUACCACAAGACCGUCUCGCCCGUGUCGACGCAGCAGGGCAUGGCGCAUCCGCCUCCUCAGCAGCAGCAACAGCACAACGUGCAGUACUAG